AUGAAAGCCGGCGCCAUUCUGUCCCUGGCCCUCGGGCUUCUCGUCUCCGAGGCGUACGGUAUCGGAUCCAUUGGUCAGGCAGAGGGCUCGAUCGACACAAGUCCACAGCCGUUCGAUCUCAAUGGAUCCAACUACACGUACCCGUACCCGGUACACGUGUACAACUUCGAGAGCCAGUUCCAGGAGCUACAGAUGGCUUUCAUGGAUGUUCCUCCAGCAGCAAAUGUGACAUCCAAUGGGCAGGUUGCCGUUGUGUUUCACGGCAAGAACUUCUGCGGCCCGACGUGGAGAGAAACCAUCAACGAGCUGACGGCUCAUGGCUACCGCGUCAUUGCCGUUGACCAGGUUGGCUUCUGCAAGUCCAGCAAGCCCGAGAACUACCAGUUCAGCCUCCAGCAGUUCGCCUCUAGCACGAGCAGUCUUCUCAAUGCCCUCGAAAUCUACGAGGUGACCGUCAUUGGUCACUCCCUGGGGGGUAUGCUGGCCGCCAGGUACUCCAUGAUGUACCCAGGCAACGUCACUGAGUUGGUUCUCGUCGACCCAAUGGGCCUGGAAGACUGGCUGGGAAUCGGCGUCCCAUACCCAAGCCUCCAAUACAACUGGCAGGCCGAGAACUCCACGACCUGGGACUCGAUCAAGGCGUACGAGAAGGCGACCUACUACGUCGGCAACUGGGACCCCUCCUACGACGAGUGGGUGACCAUGUCCGACAACAUCUACCACGGCAGCGAGCGCCACAACUUCCUCGUCAACCAGGCGCGCGUCGUCGACAUGGUGCUCACGCAGCCCAUCGCGCACUCGUUCGGCCUCAUCCGGCCGCGCACCCUGCUCGUCGUCGGGGACAAGGACAGCACCGCCGUCGGCAAGCAGUGGUCCCCUCCGGACGCGGCCAAGCUGGGGAACUACUCCGUGCUGGGGCCCGAGACGGCGGCGAAGAUCCCUGAUUGCACGCUCAUCCACUACCCUGAGCAAGGCCAUGCGCCACACCUGGAGGAUCCUGAGCAGUUCCAUGAGGACCUGUUCUCGUGGCUCACGUGGAAGUCAUGA